GAAUGACAAACAUUAUUUAACAAUAUUACAUUGCACUAUUAUAUUUCAAUUAAUUGAAAAAAUGCAGAAUAUGAAGGAACACGUUUUAUUAAAACACAGUCUGACUGAUAAGAUACAGCUUUUCGAUGCUCCUGAACACAUCAUCAAUGAAGUAACCAAGUAUAGCAAGGAAAGCACAAUGCAAAUAUUGGAAAUAGGCUCUCUGUAACAGUAAAAAUAAAUAUUGUCUGAUGAGUAAAACAACGCUCGAGUGUCUGAGCCACAUUAAAAACAUACUGUCUGCAGGGCGUCUCUUCUUACUUACGGGCGCCCCCUGCAGACUCUCUGCGGGACAACAGCUGCGUGUGAAAACAUCCUGUAUGCCUCAACACUGCAGUUCAGCGGCGGGAGCCUGACUGGAUCAACACCUCCGGCCGGAGAUCCACUGACCGCCCAGCAGGGAGCCCGGUAUGGCUGCGCGGACCCCGAGCCAAGCCGCGUCCCCCAGAUGGCGGAGUGAGUGAGGAUGCGCCUCCCCAGCUCCAUCUUUGUGUCGGUGUCACUGUUCACAGCUGAGACCACGGCAGCGCUGUACCUCAGCUCCACGUACCGCUCCGCCGGGGACCAGAUCUGGCAGGGGCUCACGCUCCUCUUCACGCUCGUGCCAUCCGUGCUCGUGCAGCUAACCCUCACCUUCAUCCACCGGGACCUGGGCCGGGACAGACCGCUCGUGCUGCUGCUGCACAUCCUGCAGCUCGGACCCAUCGUCAGGUGUCUGGAGGCGUUCUGUAUUUAUGGCAGUGUGGGCCGUGUGGAGGAGCCGUAUGUCAGCAUCACCAGGAAGAAGCAGAUACCUCGCGGGGGUCAGUCUGAGGAGGUGGAGCGGCAUGUGGGGCAGGCGGAGGGGAAGCUGUUCACACACCGGGCAGCCUUCGCCCGCUCCUCUGUCAUUCAGGCCUUCCUGGGGUCGGCCCCCCAGCUCACCCUGCAGCUCUACAUCUGCGCCCUGCAGCAGGGGGUGUCCAUCGGGAGAGGCACGCUGAUGGUGAUCUCGCUCCUGUCCAUCGUGUAUGGAGCGCUGCGCUGCAACAUCCUGGCCAUUAAGAUCAAAUACGAUGACUAUGAAGUGGACGUCCGGCCCGUGGCUUAUAUGUGCAUUUUCCUGUGGAGGAGCUUUGAGAUCGCCAGUCGGGUGGUGGUGCUGGUUCUGUUCAGCUCUGUGCUGCAGCUCUGGAUCCUCCCUGUGGUUCUGCUCAACUUCAUAGUGUUCUUCUUCUACCCCUGGAUCCUGUUCUGGCUGAGCCACUCUCCGUUCCCUGAGAAUAUAGAGAAAACUCUGUCCAGGGUGGGAACCACCAUCGUGCUCUGCCUGCUCACCUUCCUCUAUGCCGGCAUCAACAUGUUCUGCUGGUCCGCUGUGCAGGUGAAGCUCUGCGACCCGGACCUCAUCAAUAAGUCCCAGAACUGGUACCGCAUGGCCGUGUACUACGUGCUGCGUUUUUUGGAGAACGCCUCGUUGCUCCUGCUGUGGUUCAUGUAUAAAACUGAGGUGUACAACUUCAUCUGUGCCCCGCUGCUGGUGCUGCUGCUGCUGCUCGCCUACGGCAUCGCCAUCUUCUUCAUGCUGGUCUUCUACCAGUUCUGUCACCCGUGUCGGAGGCUCUUCUCCUCCAGCAUGACCCAGGGCCUCUGGACCUGCUCCUCUCUCCUCUGUCUCUCAUGCAACUCUGCUUCACCACAGAACAGGCCCACAGGAAAGUCACCAUGUCCCCCCACACGUAAAGAGCCAGCCAAUGACGGAGCCCAGGACACAUCCAGCGACACCACCGACGACAUGCCUAACGAAACAACGUAUGACAUGCUCAAUGAUACAGUCUGCGACUCUCCCAAUAAAGUGAGCAAUAGCAUCUGUGUUGGAAUCAACGGGGACAUUAACCACAGUGUAUCCUGCAAUGCUUAAAGCAUCCACUGGAGGAGCCACUGACAGUUAUCAUACCCUCUGUGACCUUUUUAAGUGCCAUGUGAAUCUCUUUGGCGAGUUGAGUUGACCCCUUUUCAUUAUGUCCAUCUCAACUCUGUUUUCUACCACUGUUAAUCAACAAGAAGCUAAUGUGUUCUAUACCUGGACAUGCAACGAAGAAGCCGGGGUGGUGCUCAUCUAACAUCCAAACCCUUCACCCUGCAGCCUUUACUCUAAUAAAAACACGGGCAACACAGUUACUUCUCACGCUUUGGAGACUGUGUCCACGUAUAUGCUGCAUUACUGAUCCCAAGGCACCAUGCAUAUGACUUGAUUGUAUUUAGGAUCUCUAUUUGGCAUGCAGGUGUGCACGUUUGAAGCAUCAGAUGAACCUCUGCGGGGGGGGGGGGCCUGUUUUGUACAGGGUGUUUUCUGAACCCCUCCCUCUAGUUUUAUGGCUGCAAGCAAUCAGCUUUUUUACUUCUUGAUGAGAGCUUUAUCAUCAACACGCGCUGCUUCUGUGAUGUGUCUGUGCUUGGCGAAGAGAUGUGAAUAUCAACAUACUGUUUUAAAGUGCUCGUUCACACGUUAACUGUAAGACACCGACGUCUCCAAAUAAUGAGUUUUGCACGUUUACAAAAACGAUUUAAGUGGCUUUGGUUCAACUGUUGAACAGAAAUGGCUGCAGUGAUGUGAAAUGCUUUGUUUGGAUAUAUGUGCUUUUCUAAUUCAUGCUUGUUAUGUCCGUCAGCUCUGUAUCUGUGCGUCUCACUAGUUAGAAUAUUUACACAAAAUGCACACUGAAAUAGUUUAUAUCUAAUGGAAUUUGUUUUAGUUGUAACCUGUAUCUUUGCUUAUUUUCAACCUUUAUUGUGAAAUAGUGUGUGUACAAGGGAGACAAUGUCAGUGUUGUUUGUUUUUGCACCUAGUCCUUUUUGCAAUGUAUCUGCAGAGGGAUGAAAACCCCGGGUAUCAAACGAGUGCUCCUUAUGUUUGUACAAAUUAGAUGUGCCAAAAAAGAUGAGAAAUCUAUUGUACACAAGGAGCAUCCUCAAAAGAACAAGAUAAAAGUCAUUAAAACAAUAAUACAUUUAUAUCUAUAUGUGAA